AUGAAUGCACAAGCCAUCAAGGAAAUGAAGGACACAAAUGCAGAAAGUCCCAAAGAGACAAAGGUGAACACAGUAGACGUCCGGUCAUCGGCGGGGCAGCAAGGCCAUGAACAGAGAAAUGUGCAAGUGGUUCACCAGCCACAUCCCUCUGCGAAAACAAAUACCAGCGGCGGUGUCUUGACCGGUGCUGCCGCUGCUGUGGCAACUACCCUUCAGUCCGCCAAGGAUGCUAUCUCCAAACACGAAUAG